GUUUGUUCCCUUGUUCAUCUCUGGGCUGUUGUACGUUUGCUGGUUUGUGAAACUGAACUCUUCUGUUUCUUAUGAUCAUACACAUAAAGAACUAUUUCAAAGAUUCGGUUUAAAAGAGAAAUUUUUCAUCAUGUUCCAAAUGUAACUGAUUGUCUUCAAGUAACAAGGAAAACAUAUCAUCUAGGUUUUUCACUAACAGCUGUGAGCAUGCUGUCCGCCUCUGCAGUAUUAUGUGGAUACAUUUUUUUUUUUUUCUUUUAAUUCUCGAACGUGUUCUGCUAUUUAUUCUUUGAAUCUGCUUUCAGCAUUUAUUGGUGGAAGUCAACUCUGAGUCUGUAUAAGUGACCGAUGCUACAGUGAGCUACUUACAAGAUUGUCUUCCUGUUACAAGCAUCCCAGGCACAAGUGUGAGCUGCUGAUAAGAACAGAUAACACAAGAGUCCCUCAAUAAUGUUUUAACACGCAAAAGUUUUUGACUUGUUGCAAGGGGAUUAUAGGACUAUGGGAGUAUGGGAGUUGCAUUUGUUUGAGUCCUAACUGCUUUCAUGAAGACUUAGAUUUGCUUUUUAAAACAAAAUGAGCUACCUUUCUACAUUCAGGGUCACAGUAACACCUCAGCAGCAUGGCACAGCUGACCAGCAAGAUGGCAGAGAGACAAUCACUGAAACAGGCUGUAACAGCCCUGGUCAAAAUGUGAUGAAGGGCUGUGGAGAGUCACCUGUAUUCUGCCAGCCACUUACUGACUGCUGUGUGGAUGAAGGAAAUAGCAUCAUCCUGCAGGCUAUGAUCCGUGGAAGUCCACCAAUGAGUGUUCGUUGGCUUCACAAUGGUGAACCUGUCCUUUUUGGCACCCGCACUUUCAGAGGAGGCAUUGCUCGGCUAAUCGUGAAAGAAUGCUUGCCAGAAGAUGCUGGAGUUUAUACUUGUAUGGCCAAGAAUGGUGUUGGAAAGGCUUCCAGCAGUGCAGCAGUAAUUGUGAGCGAUCUAGAAGCAAUUUAUAAGAGGAAGAGCUUAAUAGCUCCUGUGGGAAAUACCAACUGCACCAAAGCAACAAAUGUGAGAAAAACGGAGCUAGGCUACAGCUGUCAGGGCAGAGAAGGCAGCAAUACUGUGUUUACUGAUAGUACCAAGACAACUAAUGAGUCUGUCUCUGCUGGGGAUAACUCACCUAUAUUUCUGGAGUGCAGUAAGACAGUGAACGGAAGAAAUCCAGGACUGUAUCACAGCAGUCAGUCUAGUGGAGAGGAGUCGCCUGUGUUUGUUAGCAACAUCAAUGGAGGAGGAGACAAACUGAGCAAGAAUGGUUUCUCACCAGUGCCCACAUUGCCAGGUUCUGCUGUUCCUAAGAAGAAGCUGUCUUCUAAAUCAGGCAGCCCUCCAAAGUUGCUGAAUCCCCAGGCUCAUGUGGAAGUGAAGGUGGGAGAGAAUGCAGUACUGCGCUGUGAAAUUCUUGGCACACCACCCAUUGCCGUCUCUUGGUUAAAGCAGAAAAAACAGGUUGCAUGUGACCCAAAAACAACGGUGGAAACGACUGAAAGCAAGAGUAUACUGACAAUCAAGGAAGCGCAAGCAGAUGACUCAGGCUGCUAUACAUUCAUUGUGCGCGACAGACUGGGCAGUGCACAACAUCAGAUCAACCUUUCUGUUGUAGAUAAGCCCCAGCCUCCAUCAGGAAAGCCAUACGUGUCACAACUUCGUAAGGAUUCACUUACCUUGUCAUGGUCUGGCCCAUGUUAUGAUGGAGGUACUGCUGUUCAGUCCUAUAUUGUUGAAGUUCAGCGAUCCAAUGAAUCUGAGUGGAAAGUACUGACUCAUUCUUGCCUCAGUACUUCCUAUCGUGUGAAAAAUAACCUAGAACCAGACGGGAGUUAUAGAUUCCGGAUCCGUGCAGUAAAUCCACAAGGCUGCAGUGAGCCUAGCCAAGAGUCUGAUACAAUCAAAAUGGCAGAGUCAGAAGAUGAAAAAGAAGAGUUCCUAGAACAUGGCUGUGUCACCAUAAACACCAAAGACAAAUUUUCAGAUUUCUACAUACAACUUGAGAAACUUGGAGUAGGGAAGUUUGGCCAGGUUUACAAAGUGCAAGAAAAGUCUACAAGUAAGAUACGAGCUGCGAAGAUUUGCAAAACACGUCUAACAAAAGAUAGACAAGCUGUCCGUCAGGAGGUUGAAGUGAUGAACUGUUUGCAUCAUCCCAAGCUGGUACAGUGCAUUUCAGCCUUUGAGAGCAGAAUGGAAUUUGUCAUGGUGAUGGAAUACGUUGCAGGUGGAGAACUCUUUGAGCGAAUAGUCGAUGACAACUUUGAGCACACAGAACCCACCAGUGUGCAGUACAUGCAACAACUUCUUGAAGGGGUGAAGUACAUACAUCAGCAAGGGAUUGUCCAUCUUGAUCUCAAACCCGAAAACAUCAUGUGUGUCAACCGAACAGGAACUCUCAUCAAAAUUAUUGAUUUUGGAUUGGCACGGAAACUUGAUUCUAAAACAUCAUUGAAAGUUUUGCAAGGUACACCAGAGUUCGUUGCCCCAGAAGUGAUCGGCUUUGAGCCAGUUUGUUUCACAACAGACAUGUGGAGUGUUGGGGUAAUUUGCUAUAUCCUGCUAAGUGGAGAGUCACCUUUCCAAGGAAACAAUGAAGCAGAAACCCUUUCACUGGUCACUGCAGCUCAGUGGGAAUUUGAUGAUGAGACAUUUGCUGAGAUAUCAGAUAGUGCCAAGGAUUUCAUCCAGAAUUUGUUAAAUAAAGAUCCCAGACGUCGGCUAAGCAGUGAACAGGCAUACCAGCAUGCCUGGCUGAAGGUAAAAGACCAGGGAGCUUCCAAAGCACUAUCAAAAGAACGAAUGAAGAAAUACCUUGCAAGACAGAAAUGGCAGAAAACUGGGAAGGCAAUGUUAGCCCUGAAGAGGAUGGCGUUAUUGUCCAGCAGAACAGCUGCAUGUGCAUCCCCUACGGAUAUUCCGGAGAAUGAGGAGGAACUGAUGUCCUUGGAAGAGCAACUGCAGAGUAAACCCUAUUUCUCAAAGCUCGUAGCUGACUUGGAGGCUACAGAAGGCAGCACUGCAUGCUUGCAGUGUCAAAUCCAGGGUUAUCCUGAUGCCGAAGUUCUCUGGUACCACAACGACAUCCCCAUCAUUGAAUCACCGCGUCUGCAGAUUGAGUAUAUAGAAGAUGGAAGCUGUUUACUAAAGAUUGUUGAUGUCUGCCUCAAAGACUCUGGACUUUACACCUGUGAAGCAAACAACUCCGAAGGCAAAGCAACUUGCAGUGCCAGCCUUAAUGUUGUCAGAGCAGAUGGGAAUCAAGCUGGAUAGAGGAGCUUAGGGAAAGCUGGGAAUGUUCAAGUGGAUAUCUGGAGCUUACAUGAAAGGGACAGAGCUCUUCAGGAUCCCAUAUACUGCCUGUAGGGAUAUUCUACUGACAGAGAGAUAACAAAGCUGUUCUUAUGACUGUCGUUUUCAGUGUGCUUGGAGGACUGAUUGCCCAUUCGUUUGAGACAAAUGCUCUGCUCCUGAUAAUAGACAGAUAUUUGGCAGUAACAUAAAAACGAUUGAUUGCUAUGGACUGUGAUUUCUGAGUACAUUGUGAUGAGGAAGUGAGUUUUCCUUAACAAAGUAUAUUUUAAUUGCGAUAGCUUUGACUGCAAUUUUGUUUCCAUUGCAACAAAAUAAAAUUUUAAGCCUACCCAUUACAGCCUGAAAACUGAUGCAGAGUGAAAUCUGAAAAAAAUUCCAGUUCAACUGAAAAUACAGAUCCUUCUCUUUUUUUGAGGGGGGGUGUUAACCCAUUUUUAAUGCUAAAAGUUAUAAUUGCAUUUGUUAAAAAUGAAGCAUAAAUGUACUGCCCAC